UUUAGUAGUCGACCUCCCGACCACUAAGUCAGUCCUUCAACAGUUUCUGACAAUCGCGCCUCUUAUUCGUGACAGCUGACAGUUUAGCAGUAAAAUAGCAAAUAGAACACGCGAGCGUUACUAAAAAUGCGAAAUGAAUCGUGGGUGUGGCUAGGAUACGGGAUUUCCUCUUUUGCUCUUUUUCCGUGUGCUGCAAGAGUUUCUGUGCGCGGAGCAGCUAGUCUCUGAGUUAAUGGGGAACGUUAACGUACUGGAGCGGAGGAACGGCGUAAUCUUCGUUGCUUUCGCGUCAACGUGGAUUUGUUUUUCUCACUUCCUGUUGCAAUUUGCAUUUGUGAGAGGUAUUGAAAAUGAACAAAGCUGGAAGGAUGUUUCUUGCACAUUUUUGAAUGGUAGUUUUAGUUGCUAUAAAUACGUCAACCAGUCGGAAACUUGGACAAAUGCAAGCCGUAUAUGUAACACGUCUGGAGCACAUUUGUUGUCAAUUAGUAAUGAAUAUGAGAACAAUUUUGUGCACAAUGUCUCGAGCCGAUUCGGUGGUAAUGCUGUGUGGAUUGGGUUAAGGAAAAGGAAGGAUGCAAACAGCAGUUACUAUAUUUGGUCUGAUGCAUCAAAUGUGACUUACACAAACUGGCUGCUUGGGUCACCAAACCGAAGUGAUUCUAAUGCAAGCUGUGUUGUACAGAAAUCAGGAGGCGGUGAUUGGAUUAAUGUACCAUGCACAGGUCGUUAUUAUUUUCUCUGUGAGAGAAAAAUGAAUGAUACAAUUUCAUAUCAAACUCCAAGUAUCACUGGUUCUUCAGCUAGUUUGUUGCCAAAUUCAACCACUCAGAAACACUUGUCACUAACUAGUCGAGCAUCGCAAAGUUUAUCGACUAGUAUUACUACAGGCACGACGUCGACUCUAACUAUGUUGCAGUCACAUCAACCAGUGAGCACUUUAUUUUCAAAAGCUGUAAGUAGUAGUGCCAGGGAAAGUGAAACGAGUGGAGUUGAUGCACAUGUCGAAGGGAGUGGUGACGCAACAGAUCAAGAACAGAAUACAGAAUUUAUAGGUAGCACAACUAUGACUGUCACAACAACUGCUGGAGGAUCAUCAAGCAGUUUUACUUCUUACAUUAGCAUUUCAGCCGGUAUUGGUGGGGCUACUGUUCUGCUACUUGUGUGUGUAGGCUGCAUGUAUUGUUACCAAAAACGAAUGGCAAAAAGAGCAGUAGAACACCAAAGACAGUCUCAAGAGUCAUCUUCAGGUGAUACAGGAGCAAAUACAGUAAGUAAUAAGUUGUAUGGAAAUUCUGCAGUGAAGGCACCUACACCUCAGAUGGAUGAUUAUACAUAUGCUAUGACCAAGGUUGUCACACAAAAUCAGACAGACAACUCUUUCUCGCAAACCAAACAUCAAACAACUUUAUAUUCAACUGUCAACGUUGAUAAAGAAUACUCCGACCUUGAAGGAGACACAUGCAAUAACAGAAAACAUGACAUGCUUAUUAAAGAUGAUGAUGAUGCAUAUGCUGAACCAAAUUGUUUUGUUGGUUCUGCAUCAGAAGGAAAGAAGCAAGGUGAUGACAGUGAGAAUGGCUAUUCGCAUCUGGACUUAGGAUUUAGUCGUUUCCGCACGGCUGCUUAUUGGCAACCUGAAAAAACCGAAGGGAAGCUGUAUGCACAAUUGGAAGGGAAGAGAUUUCCACAAAUUGGUAGACACACACUGAAGACAAUGGAACACCUUGGCUCAGGGGAGUUUGGAAGUGUUUCAAAGGGUUUGUGGAAUUCGGUUGAUGUUGCUAUUAAAACUCUCAACUCACAAUUGCCUGAGGAUCGCACUAAGUUUCUUCGGGAAGCAGCAAUAAUGGGGCAAUUUCACCAUUGCAACAUUGUAGCACUUUACGGUGUUGUAACAGUGGGAAGACCACUUAUGAUCGUAAUUGAACUGAUGGAAAAAGGAGACCUGAGGGAGAACCUAUCACAACUGAGAUCUGAAUCUAACAAGAAGGCUUUGCCAGUAGAUACGCCACACAAGCUGCUGCUGAUGGCUAGAGAGGUUGCAGCAGGAAUGGAGUAUCUUAGCAACAAGUCCUUCGUUCAUCGUGAUCUUGCCACUCGUAAUAUAUUAUUAAACCAAGAAGGUACCUGCAAGAUAGGAGAUUUUGGACUUGCUCGUGAUUUAGCCGAUGAGACGUACUAUUUUCUGAGUAGUGGUAGAAAGAUUCCUGUUCGCUGGACAGCUCUAGAGGCACUAAACUAUCGAAAGUACUCAAGUAGCAGUGACGUGUGGAGUUAUGGUGUUGUUCUUUAUGAGCUUUGGUCGCUAGCUGAGAGACCAUUUGGCUACAUCACAAACAAUGAUGUGUUGGACAGAAUCAACUCUGGAUAUCGUCUUCCUCCUCCUCCUGGUUGUCCACGAGCACUGUAUGCUUUGAUGAUUGACUGUUGGAAUCCUGACUAUCACCAGCGGCCAUUGUUUACUGACAUUGUGAAACGUUUGGCUGUGAAUGACGACCAGCUGCUGGUUAAUAAGGAAAAUGAAGAGAUUAUCAUUGGGCAGCUUGGAGAUGAUCUUGAAAUAGCAGAAAAAAUGUACAAUGAUUUGCAACAAACUUAUGUUUAGAGAAGAUAAAAACUUUGUUUGUACGUCUAUUUUGUUGUUAUUCUUAUGCCCAUAGUUUACAUCAAACUAGUUGUAGUGUAAUUCUCACCUCAACUUUUAGCAAGAUGUUAUGUCUAAGUUUGGACAUUGAAAAUUUGGGUUUUUACAUUUUGUUCAAUUAAAAGUCUCUAAAACAGAGAAAUUGUA